UUGCGUUAGCAGCUGCCAUUCAGCAGAUGAGGCGAAAUUGAAGUUUUGAGCAACUCAGUUUUAAUUUGAUCGCUAGUUGAGUAAAAAAUCAGAAGAAGAAAAGUCAACACACUACAUGAGUUGAAGUAGGCUCUCUAAGUGAAACCAUACAGAAAGAAGAGAAACACAAAUCAAAAAAAAAAAAAAGCAAAAAAUUAUAUAUUAAUUCGUGUACUACUGCAUAUUGUGCACAUAUGUAUGUAUGCAUACUUGUUGUUUGUGUGUGGUGUGAGUCAUGACGUUUCGGUAAACGGACGGCGUAGAAAACAGUUAUAUUGUGCACAUAUAUAUUCAUAUAUAUAUUGCAUAAAGGGCGCAACGCGUGACUAAAAAAAAAAGGAAAUUUCGGUAGCAACGAAACGAAGCACAAAACUCGACAUUAUAGUAAAAAGGACACAAAGCAGCUGCUGCGCCCAAAUUCACACACACAAACACAGAUAUAUAAGUAUAAAUAUAUAUAUAAAUAUAUAUAUGUGGACACACACACACACACAGUCACAUACACAUACUUGGAGCAACAUCAACAACAACAAAAACAACAUUAGUUGUCGCCGUCGCCGUCGUCGUCACAGUUGAAGUACGCCACGGCCAGUGAAGCAACAGUCUGUAGAAAAAAAGAGAAAAAAAACAACUGUAAACUCUAAACUGUAAACAAAGCUUUUGGCCAAACGGAUAGGUGGCGCCACUUUCGCUGCAGCAAGCAAGAGAAAAGAAGAAGCAAAAUGGUUGAUCGUCUCGUUAACUCGGAAUUGAACACCCGUCGCAUUGCCUCCGUCGAGAACUGCUUUGGUAGCUCCGGUGUGCCGCUGGCGAUACCCGGACGUGUUCUAGUCGGCGAAGGUGUUCUGACCAAAAUGUGCCGCAAACGUCCAAAGUCGCGGCAAUUCUUUCUCUUCAACGACAUACUGGUCUAUGGCAACAUUGUGAUUGGCAAGAAAAAGUACAACAAGCAGCAUAUAAUGCCGCUCGAGGAGGUUUCCCUGGACUCGAUACCCGACAACCAGCAGUACCGCAAUGGCUGGUACAUACGCACCACGACGAAGUCCUUCGUCGUCUAUGCCGCCACCAGCACAGAGAAGCAGGAAUGGAUGGCCCAUAUAAACAAAUGCGUGGAGGAUCUGUUGCGCAAGAGCGGCAAGAAACCGCCGGGAAACCACGCCGCUGUUUGGGUGCCCGAUGCCGAGGCCAGCGUCUGCAUGCACUGCAAGAAGACGCAGUUUACAUUUGUCCAGCGGCGUCAUCAUUGCCGAAACUGCGGCGCUGUCGUUUGCGCCGCCUGUUCCACCAAGAAGUUCCUCUUGCCCCAGCAAACUGGCAAAGCGCUGAGGGUGUGCGAUGCUUGCUACGAACGCUUGCGCCACGCUCCCGAUCCGGACGGCACCGUGGAGCAGCGGGCCUCGAAGCUAAACAUAAGUGGAGCAGGGGACAGCUCGAAUGACGAUGAUACCGACGAGGAUCUGCCGGGUUCGGCUGAGACGCAUGAUGAGCCACGCUUUUACGGCGACAACAGCAUGUCCACGGCGGAUGAGCAGACGGCUAAUUCAUCAGCGAUUGCAGCAACGACAACAACAACAACACCUGCCACAGCCACCGCCUCCGCCGCUGCCCCCGCUUCAGUCAAUUGCUGAGCCUGAAGCCACAAAUGCUGUGUAUAACAGUUUUGGAAGAAAAACAAAACAGAAUACGAUGCUGGCAAACUGAAUGCGAACUGGAUUACUG